UAAAAUGCUACUGAAUGUCCUGUUCCUACCUUUAAUUGACUUCGUGCGACAUGUUCGUGUAGCUAAUUGCGCCCUGGGAACCCAACAUGAUCAUUUCAAGGAUCAUGAUUUUUUCUGUGCGAGCCAACCCAUUGUUACGGAAAAGAAGUCUGGCUGUGUGGAGAGCAUGGAGGUCAUGGAAGUUCAGCCUGCACUCUUCUACAGUUUGUGCAUCUUCUGGUCCUGGUCCUCUUGACGGAUCUGAAGAAAUACCUUCUGUUUCAGAUGAAAACCUUCCUCACACGCCUGUCAUGCUGAAAGAGAUGCUUCAUUACUUGGACGUCCGACCCGGUCAGGUGGUCCUGGACAUGACAUUUGGAGGUGGUGGUCAUACCAGAGCAAUACUGAAUAUGGUUCCUGAAGUGACAGUCCUGGCCUUGGACCGAGAUCCUACAGCCAUUUCUCUGGCCCAGCAGUUAGCCAAGGAACACUCUGGUCGUGUGAAACCAUUGCUUGGCCGAUUCAGUGAGCUUGACGCCCUGCUGUCUAACAUGAACAUGAAGCCAGGCAGCAUUGAUGCUGUCCUGUUGGAUGCUGGCUGCUCCUCCAUGCAGAUGGAUCAGGCGGAGAGAGGCUUCGCCCUCAGCAAGGAUGGACCCUUGGAUAUGAGAAUGGAUGGAGAGAGGUACCCCGACAUGCCCUGCGCUGCUGACGUUGUGAAUACCUUAGAUCAACAGGCUCUCGCAUCCAUCCUCACUGCAUAUGGGGAAGAAAGACACGCCAGGAAAAUAGCUUCAGCCAUUGUGGAGGCACGCCGUGUCAGCCCCAUCACCCGGACACAGCAGCUGGCCAGCGUGGUGGCAGGAUCGUUCCCUCCAGCUGUCCUCUACGCACGUAAAGACCGACUCCACCGACCUGCACACGUGGCAACGAAGACUUUCCAAGCUCUGCGUAUCUUUGUGAAUGACGAGCUGAACGAACUACUCGCGGGGCUGCGUGCUGCUCGCUCGGCACUGGCAGCUGACGGACGUCUCUGCGUGCUCACCUUUCAUUCACUGGAAGACAGACUGGUCAAACGUUUCCUCAAGGGAGAGGACUUGUCUAAUCUAGAUCACUUCAGCCCGAGGACGCAAAGCAAAAGGAAGGAAAAGGUGACGGGUGAAAAUGUUGACUGGCUUCUUCUGCGAAGGAAAGUGAUCACCCCAGAAAAAGACGAUGUGAAAGAAAAUCCACGAGGACGAUCCGCUAAACUCAGGGCGGCACUCAGACUUUAAUUAUGUGAAGCAUACAGGUACAUCUCAAAAGAAUUGAAUAUUGUGAAAAAGUUCAAUAUUUUUUGUCAAUUAUUUCAGAAAGUGAAACUCUUAUAUCAUAUAGAUUCAUCAGCAUAGAGUGAAAUAUUUCAAGCCUGUAUUUCUUGUAAUUUUGAUGAUUCUGGCUUAGAGAUAAUGAAAACACAAAACUCAGUGUCUCAGAAAAUUCGAUUAUUACAUAAGAUCAAUUAAAAAAAGGAUAUUUUAAACACAAAUGUCAGGCUUCUGAAAAAUCUGUUCAUUUCUAUACAUCAAUACUUGGUUGGGCUCCUUUUGCAUGAAUUACUGCAUUAAUACUUGGAGGCAUGGAGGAGAUCAGCCUAC